AUGCUUUUUGGUAUAAAAAAUGCGCGUCUCUUCAACACCGAAAGGCAGUCCAGCAACCUCAUUCACCUCUACAAGCCUUUGCGAGUAAACUUCUUCGAUAACAUCAUGAUGUUCGAACGCCUCGCCCUCGCCGCCGCUUCGCAAGGCGUCUUCGCCGUCAGCUGGCAGCCGUUCUUCAUCGCCGACUGCUCCGGAACCGUCGAGAACUCGGGCUCCUACACCGGCGGCAGCCCGCCCAUGAACGGGAACGGACCCCAGCAGUGCAUCCGCCAGCAUCCCGCCUCCGUCGACUUCGCCCAGUCCGGCGGGGUGCGGUGCUCGCUGUAUCAUCUUCAACGACCAGAACUGCGCCGACUUGCGCGUUCGACGUCGGCGACGGGUGCUUCCGACUUUGGCGGCACCGGGCAAGCGAUCGUUCGGGAAUCUCGUGCUGAGGCGGCGACGAUCGGUGGGCGUCUGUCUAUUGUUGUAGAGUACGGAGAAAGUUUGCGCUGA